GUGACUCUGCUCAGGAGUGCUCGAUUUUGGAAGAAAACUUCUCUGGAGUCUGAAGAAGGGCGCAGGGCGCACACGUGCUGUAACCCCUUCCUUUGUGCAGCAUUUGAGGCCGGUCACCAUCCCUGCGUAGGUAAUCUGGCGGGUAAAGGGCAGGUCUAGUCAUUCGCAGCGGACAAAGGGGCGGGGGGGGCGGGGGGCGUUUUGGCGGCGUGCUUCGCAUUUGCACCUUUUCCCUUGCAAUUCAGAUUGACUUGCGCUUCUCCUGCUGAAGAUGGCCCACCUUGCCAAAGCCGCUGCGUCGCAAGGGCUUGCAGGGAACUCUUUCUUGAGGGGGGCAACUCCCAAGAUCAAUUCAGCUGCCUCUCGGUCCCCUUGUUCGGGUUGCGGAGGGGGCCCAUUGUUGAGGCGGCAGCAACCCCUCCAGAAGAGCCUGUUUGGUGAGGGUUUGGUUCAUAACACAGCUUUUGGAGAGGGCAGCCGGGUAAGAGAGAACAAUGGGGGGGCCACCUGCCAGUCUCAUGAGGGGGACGGGGCGAGAUCCAUGGCUGGGGACUUCCAGGGAGACUCAUCCGUGCGGAAUUCAUUUGGCAAUGAGUGUACAAUAAUCAAGACUUUCAGACAAGAAUUGGAAACAAAGGAAGACUAUCAAAGGCUGCGGUGUAGUCUCACGGAGCUGGAAGAGGACUUGGACCGGCUGGUCAAAGCAGAAAAGUAUGAGGAGGCCAUAGAGUUGCGGGACCGUGUGCGCAUGCUUGCGCUGCAGAAGCGCAUGAUGGAGAUUUCUGUGCAGCCCCAGACCAUGUACCGGAUUGGGGAUGUCAUCGUGCACAAGAAAUAUGGCUACCGAGGUGUCAUUUAUGGGCACGAUCUCGAGUGCUCUGCGCCCGAGGGCUGGCAACAGCAAAUGAAGAUCGACUCGCUCCCUGAGGGGCGCAAGCAGCCGUUCUACCACGUGCUCGUGGACGUCCGUGACCGCCCCGGGGGUAUGUCGACGUAUGUCGCACAGGAAAACAUGUCAGUGCAGCCCACGCCGCGGCCGGUCCUGCACCCAUGGACAAACAUGUUCUUCACCAGCUUCGAUGACGGUCAAUACCUGCCGACAAAGAAGCUCAGGAGCAUCUAUCCCGACGAUUGGUAGGCGGACUUUGAUCCGGUCUAUUGUAACAUUCGCAUUUCCUACAGUUUGCGAUUGCACUAGUCAGCUGUUGUAAGAUAAAAUGGGGAGGGGAGGUGGGGUUUACUGCCAAGCGGUCAAAGUUGGGUUUUCGAGGUACUUGCACCUUGUUUCUGUUUGCAUAGUAGACUUAGGAGCCACUAGACGAGAAUGUUGUCUAGGUCUGGAGAACGAUCUAUCAUAGAAAGGAUGUAGCUUCUAUACAUCAUAGCCACAUACUGAAACGAGAAAAACACUAACGUACACUGUGGUGUGUUGAACUAGAGCCUGGACGCAUGCUGCUUGUAGUCACAAGCAACAUAAGGUCCAAUCAAUUUGCCGUGGUUUCAUCAUUGAAU